CGGAGCUCGGAACUGACUGGGAACUUCGGUGGCGCUGCUACUAGGCCAGUUUCACCCCGGGAACUUUGUGCAAGAGGAGAAGAGAAGGGUGCAAGUGCCCCACUUUUGCUCUUCCUUCUCUCCUUCCUCGUCCUCCUCUCCAAUUCGCCUUUCCCACCCGGAGCGGAUCAGCCACCCGAGCCUCCAGCGGCCAGGUGACGCGCCAGCCUCCCCGGGAGCCGCUCGCUCCGCGUCCGCGUCGGGGCAGCCGAGGGGAGAGGGACCUGCACCCGAGUCCCCAGCCGCCGCGGCCUCUCGCCUUUCCCGGCCUCCCGCCCCCUGCCCCGGGCCCGCGUAUGAAUCUCCUGGACCCCUUCAUGAAGAUGACCGACGAGCAGGAGAAGGGCCUGUCCGGCGCCCCCAGCCCCACCAUGUCCGAGGACUCGGCCGGCUCGCCCUGCCCGUCGGGCUCCGGCUCGGACACGGAGAACACGCGGCCCCAGGAGAACACGUUCCCCAAGGGCGAACCCGACCUGAAGAAGGAGAGCGAGGAGGACAAGUUCCCCGUGUGCAUCCGCGAGGCGGUCAGCCAGGUGCUCAAGGGCUACGACUGGACUCUCGUGCCCAUGCCGGUGCGCGUCAACGGCUCCAGCAAGAACAAGCCGCACGUCAAGCGGCCCAUGAACGCCUUCAUGGUGUGGGCGCAGGCGGCGCGCAGGAAGCUGGCGGACCAGUACCCGCACCUGCACAACGCCGAACUCAGCAAGACUCUGGGCAAGCUCUGGAGACUUCUAAACGAGAGCGAGAAGCGGCCCUUCGUGGAGGAGGCCGAGCGGCUGCGCGUGCAGCACAAGAAAGACCACCCGGAUUACAAGUACCAGCCGCGGCGGAGGAAGUCGGUGAAGAACGGGCAGGCGGAGGCCGAGGAGGCCGCGGAGCAGACGCACAUCUCGCCCAACGCCAUCUUCAAGGCGCUGCAGGCCGACUCCCCGCACUCCUCCUCGGGCAUGAGUGAGGUGCACUCGCCUGGCGAGCACUCGGGACAAUCCCAGGGCCCGCCGACCCCACCCACCACUCCUAAAACCGACGUGCAGCCUGGCAAAGGAGACCUGAAGCGAGAGGGGCGCCCCCUGCCCGAGGGCGGCAGACAGCCCCCCAUCGACUUCCGUGACGUGGACAUCGGCGAGCUGAGCAGCGACGUUAUCUCCAACAUCGAGACCUUCGACGUGAACGAGUUCGACCAGUACCUGCCGCCCAACGGUCACCCAGGGGUGCCGGCCACACACGGCCAGGUCAGCUACACGGGCAGCUAUGGCAUCAGCAGCACCGCGGCGACCCCGACUGCGGCGGGCGCAGGCCACGUGUGGGUGUCCAAGCAGCAGGCGCCGCCCCCGCCCCCGCAGCAGCCCCCACCGGCCCCGCCGGCCCCCGCGCAGCAGCAGCCCGCGCCCCCGCAGGCCCAGGCGGCGCCCCCGCAGGCCCCGCAGGCGCACACGCUGACCACGCUGAGCAGCGAGCCCGCGCAGUCGCAGCGGACGCACAUCAAGACGGAGCAGCUGAGCCCCAGCCACUACAGCGAGCAGCAGCAGCACUCGCCGCAGCAGAUCGCCUACAGCCCCUUCAGCCUCCCGCACUACAGCCCGUCCUACCCGCCCAUCACGCGCUCGCAGUACGACUACGCCGCCGCCGAGCACCAGGGCACCGGCUCCUUCUACACCCACGCGGCGGGCCAGGGCUCUGGCCUCUACUCCACCUUCACCUACAUGAACCCGGCCCAGCGCCCCAUGUACACCCCCAUCGCCGACACCUCGGGGGUCCCGUCCAUCCCGCAGACCCACAGCCCGCAGCAGUGGGAGCAGCCGGUCUACACGCAGCUCACCAGACCCUGAGCAGACCUGGGCGCCCAGUCGCGCACGGCUCGGGAGAGGGGGCCGAGAUGCUCAGAAAAGCAGCCGCAGAAAGAUCCAGCAUUUCUUUGGACAUUUUGUUUGUUUGUUUUCUCCUGUUUCUUAAAGACAGGAAAAGUAAAGGCGACUGGAAGGUACUGAGGUUCCAAGACAGAUACCUUGUCUAGCCAGACACAGGAGCAGAGCAGCGUGGCGCGUGUGAGUCGGCGGCCAGCACAUGCCUGGCAAGAGGUGGGCCCGCAGCGCCCAGGACAGCCCGGACAGACUUCUUCUGUAGAGAAUGGGCAGCUGCAGCCACUUUGCUUAACCUCCCUUCCUGUCUGGACUUUGUAAUUAUUUUUUAGCAGUAAUUAAAGAAAAAAAAGUCCUCUGUGAGGAAUAUUCUCUAUUUUAAAUAUUUUUAGUAUGUACUGUGUAUGAUUCAUUACCAUUUGAGGGGAUUUAUACAUAUUUUUAGAUUAAAAAAAACUAAAUGCUCUUAUUUUUUUCCAACAGCUAAACUACUCUUAGUUGAACAGUGUGCCCUAGCUUUUCUUGCAAACUUGCAGAGUAUUUUUGUACAGAUUUGCUUUCUCCUACAAAAAAAAAAAAAAAAAGAAAAAGAAAAAAAGUAUGCAAUUAUAUUAACAUUGAAAGAAAAUUGUUUAUGAUUUGUUUUGGGGGUGAGCCUCAGGCUUGCCUAGAUUCAAGGAGGAGCUGCCUUAAUGUGAGAAGAGCUAAAGCCUUAUUUUGCAACUAUGGGAGUGAACGAAUAGUCUAGAGACACGUUUGGUAAGCUUUAUCAUAUAUGUAUAGAUAUAUAUUUUAAACAAGAGAAAAAACACCUUGAGCCUUAAAAACACGCUGCUGGGAAAAUACUUGCGCUCUUUGGCGUGUGAGUCCUUCCUCCUGCCUUUGCUUGUUCGCUGCAGUCUUAAGAAAGAAGCAAAAAGCAAGCAAAGGAGACUGGAAUCUGCUUGGGGAGUGUUUCCGCAGCCAGCAAGUAAGUGCCCUGGAGCCCUGCCCCCUGGUUGCCUCCGGGCCCAUGUGGUCCGCAGACGCUGGAGUCUGCGCUCUCGCUGUCACCUGUGCCUCACUGACCACCAGCAGUUGACCUUCAAGACGUUCCACGUGGUACAAAAAAAAAAUAUUUAUUUUGUAAGGAGAGGUUUUCAUUGAAAAAAAAAUUUUCCUUUUUUUUUUUAAUUUGCCUUCUUUAAAAUAGGUUGUUGGAGCCUUCCUCAAAGGGCAUGGUCGUCAUCUUUUGUUAAAUUAUGUUCUUAACUGUAACCAGUUUUUUUUAUUUAUCUCUUUAAUCUUUUUUAUUAUUAAAAGCAAGUUUCUUCGGAUCCUUCGUCCUAGAUUUGUACAAAUUCUUUUUUGUCCGUCUUUUUUUUUUUCUUUUUUUUUUUGUUGUUGUUGUUGAAAACAAACUGGAAGCUUGUUUCUCUUGUUCUCUUUUUUGUACAAAUGAGAGAUUUGCAAAUGUAGUAUAUCACUGAAUCAUUUGCAGUGUUUUCUGCCACAGACUCUUGGGCCUAAAUUUCUGUGUGUGUGUGUGUGUGUGUGUGUGUGUGUGUGUGUGUGUGUGUUGUGACACAAGACAAUGCAAGUAGGUGUCAUAGAUACUCCUCUGCAUGUUCUUCUCAGAGGGUAAGGGCACACCAGGAGGGGAGCAGGCCCACUGACAGACCUUAAUCCUUAAUUACUGCUGUGGCUGGAGAGUUUAAGGAUUGCUUUUUUAAAAAGACAGCAGACUUUUUUUUUUAUUUAAAAGAAAAGAUAUAUUAACAGUUUUAGAAGUUGGUAGAAUAAAAUCUUAAAGCACUCUUAUAAUAUGGCAUCUUUCAAUUUCUGUAUAAAAGCAGAUCUUUUAAAAAAGUAUUUCUGUAACUUAAGAAACCUGGCAUUUAAAAUCAUAUUUUCUUUUUAGGUAAGGUUUGGUUUGUGUUUGUGUUUUGUUUCUUUCACUUGUUUCCCCUCCAAACUUUGUGCUUU